AUGGACGUCGGGAACCAUACAGAGACCCAUCACAUCACUGCCCUUGGCACCACGACUCUGGAAGUUGUCUACACCAAUGAAGAAGCUAUUGUGGAGCGAAUCCUAGCCAUGUAUGAGAAAUGGCUCGAGAAGGAGAAGAACAGGUUCGUUGGACUCGACCUCGAGUACACCCCACGUAGCACGUGGAAGCGACAAGAGAUGACCGUCGUGCAAAUCGCCAUGCGGCAGCAUGUCCUCGUGUACCACUACAGCAGUUCCUUCAAGCAUUGUCCGGCUUUGAAUAAUUUUUUUGAGCGCAAGGGUAUUACUUUUGCGAGCAUUGAUACUAGGAACGACAAGGUCAUGCUUGCCCGUGCCAAGAUGCAUAUUCCAGAGCUGUACCAUGUCGACAUCCAAGAUAUAUUCAAGACCCGGGUAGGAAUGGAUAAUCUAGCAGAGGCCAUCAUCGACGGAUCGUACAAGAACAUGAAGACAAAGUUCUCAUCUGACAAGCACGACUUAUGGGAGACUAAGCCACUCUCACUGAUGCACCUCGAGUACGCAGCAAAAUACGGGUACAUGAGCUACGAGUUGUACCGUAGGAUCCUUGCCCUCGAGUUGUAA